GACGCUCCACUCCUCUCAGGAGCCGCGCGCAGAGAUCAGUCUGCCGGGGAGCGAGCCACCAUGUCCCGGUAGGUAGUCCGGGAUCAGACCACUGUGGAAAUAUGAAUGGAUGUAAUUUUUCUGAGCGUAAAAAAAAGGUAAUAUGUUCUGACUGAUUGUAUUUAAAGUGGGAACUAUUACGCAGCGAGGGGAUCGUUGAGGACUUCUGGAUUUUGCUUCAGUUUCUAUGCUUUUGAUAAGUCAAAUCAAAUGUGGUGACAUCUCUAAGGACUACUUUUGUCUCUUUUAAUUUUGACACAAACACUAAGACUUUUGGCCACGGGGUUGAAACUUUUUGAGUUGGAGAUGGAGCCGGAGGAGGGAAAGCUCUCAGUGUGGGUCUGCCGGGAGGAGAAGCUUGUCUCCGGGCUAACGAAGCGCACCACCUGCGCAGAUGUGGUCAGAGUCCUGCUGGAUGACCAGAAUCUGCAGCAGGGCGCCGCGUCUGCGAUGCUCUCUGGAGCUCCGCAGUCCUACUGUGUGGUGGAGAAAUGGAGAGGCUUCGAGAGGAUUUUACCCAACAAGACCAAAAUCCUUCGGCUGUAUGGCGCGUGGGGGGAAGAGCAGGAGAAUGUCCGAUUUGUCCUGGUGAAGAACGAGGCUUCGCUGCCUAAUAAUGGACCCCGCAGCGCUGAGGCUCGUGUGGUCCAGAGCCGGGAGAGCGGCUGUCCGGGCGGGGGGCUGAAGGGCACCGCCAAGACCUGCUGGACCGCCGCGGCCACCGCUGCGAACCUGUCCCAGGAGAAACAGAGGCGCAUAGUCAGGAAGGCUUUCAGAAAGUUGGAUAAGAUGAACAAAAAGAAGGAGCUGUCUGUCCCCAAAGAUAAGGGCUCGGUGGAGAAGAUGGAGACGCUGGUUCACCUGGUGAUCUCCCAGGACCACACAAUCCGGCAGCAGGUCCAGAGGAUCAAGGAGCUGGACCGGGAGAUCGAGCGAUACGAGGCCAAAGUGCAUUUCGAUCGCAUCAAGAGACACGGGGUGAACUAUGUGCAGGACACAUACAUGGUGGACGCCUCCUCGGAGGACCCUGACGCCUCGGACUGUAAGCGCAAAGCGGAGCGGCAGGACGCCAGGUGCACGGCGGAGGCGGUGGCACAGUUCGAGGAGUACGCGUUGCGGUGCGAGGAGGUCGUGCGGCUGCAGGAGGAGGUUACGGAGCGGGAGGCUCUGGUGGAGUGCAUCACCGGGGAGAUCCAGGAGGAGCUCAACAGGCGGUGGAUGAAGCGGCGGCGGGAGGAGAUAGGAGCGGAAGCAGCGAAGGACACGGACAGCAUCGCGGAGGAUAUGAGCCUGGCUGCCGCUCCAGCUGUGGAAGCAGAUGUGGAAAGUUUGUCUGAGAAUGAGUUUGUGUUGGAGGAAGAGAGGAUUAAAACGCAGCUUGACACCAGCCUGUACAUUGGGCUGCGGCUCAAGACAGACCUUGACUCCAUCAGAGGAGACUUGGACCUGAGUUUGGCGCUCUGGGAGACCAGGGAGAGUGAACUUCUGGACCUACUGGCUAAAGUUGAGACCAUGGAGAUAGAGCAGAUGACUGAUGAUGUUGAGUCAGAUCUGGGGGCCGUGAGCAAUGAAGCUGAGCCCCCAGAAGAGAAGAGCAGCGUCUGGGUGGAGCAGGCCAGAGGGCUUUCCAAAACCUGCCACACCAACGACGAGGACUCGGACACAGGCUUGAGUUCCAUGCACAGCCAGGACUCUGACAACCCCCCUGUGUGCGAGUCACUGGUAUAGACUCACUAUGUAAAGCAAGUUGGACUAAACUCAGGGGCAGAGAAUAGGUGUUGGAUAUAGAGUGGUGCAGUGAUGAUGUAUUUUUUAUAGUCCAUCCCGGAAGUUAGCGUCGUAAGGGCUCCAUUGGAUAUUGGAAUAUUGAAGAAAAUAAUAUAUGUGGCAAACACACAUUUAUGUUGCUCACACGUUUUGUUCAGCAGGAUAAUCUCCACAUAUUAACACCACUUUGAUGAUAGUUUAAGUGUAAAUGCAAACGGCAGAAGUAAAAAGCUAACGUUAGGCUGUAAAUAAACUUAGUUUAGAUAAUGUUUGGCAUGUUAACAUUUAGUAUUCUCAUUUAGCCACUUGUUAGCAACCGACAAUUUAAAGACAUGUAAAGGCUUAAGACUUUCCCCAGUGGGGUAUUUACUGAUGUAGUUUGUAAAAUCCAAAGCAAAAUCUUGUAAAGUUAUACCUUUUUAGGGAAUCUAGCAAAAACUCAUUCAAACAAACAAUUACUUUAAGACAAGGGAGCCCAACAUUGCAAAAAUUCUAACUAAUUUCAGAGUUUAGGAAACAUUCCUGCACCACUCUAUACUGGGAGAUGUUACCCCAAAUGCACCUCAACACAGAUAAUUCAAUAGCAAUAAUUCCUAUAGUUGCACAGUAUAGCUUGGAGGGACAGCAUGUGUAGAGGUGAUAUACAGCCAUGUUGCUCCAUAGCUGACUUCCAUGAGGAGAGUCAACAAAGUAAGAGAAAUAGCCUUUAGGAGUAUUACAAUAAGCCUCUAAUGAUCUGCAGUCUUCAUCAAGAAACUAACUUCAAGGUAAACUCGACACGGGUUCACAAAGAGUUAAUAACAGCUUGCUUAUGUCAGGACACUUUUUGCUGAAGCCGCUAAAAGGGGGAGACUGAGUGUUACACUCUGUAAGUACAGGUUUCCUUUAAAAGGUCAUAAGUAAUUGUAGCUUAAUGCACAGUGAAGUAUACUUGUAGGUCAGCUCCAAAAUGCAACUCCAAAUCAAACAAAUGCAUGAUUAAGGUCAGUUCACCUCAGACUGUUCAAAACAACAUUUAACAUAAAAAAAAAUCAAGGGCAGAUGAUAAUGACUACAUAACUGAUAUGCUGAAUUGUAUCAGAAUUUUGGGAAUGAAAACUGCAGACUUUGUGAAUUGGAGUUGAAACACUGAGCCCUAUCCAGCUGGCUAAGCAUAGUAGAUCAAUUAAUAUUGAUCUCUGUAUUAAAAGUGUCUGUCUUUAAAGCACAAAAAGUUAUAUUUAUUUAACAAUAGAGAUAGGUUAUCUGCUACACUCAAAGUUUGGAUUAUAACAUCAAAUAUACUAUUCUUAUUUUGUUUAAAGCAGCAGUUCUAAAUCUUUGUGGCUUGUGUCCCUUUAAAAUAAUUCAUAAUCAUAUAACAAAGUUACUUAUUUCGAGAGCAGUGAGUAUUUCAAGCAAGCAAAGACUGAUUUAUUUAUCAGGUUUGAAUAAUUAUAGACCUAAGGAAGUCAAGUUAUGAGGCAAAAUAGUUAUGAGCCGUCUUGAAUAAUCUCAUUUUGACCAACUUAAAAGGUCUUGAACUGUUUGGAACCACUGAUUCAGGGGGAAAAAAUAUCCAUAAAACAUUCAUAAAGAUAGAAGUUCAGAGCAAAAACAAAUGUGGGCUUUUUAAAAGAUGUAUUCCAGUAAUAUAGUGUUUUACUUCUAUAGAUGUGAGAGAUUCACACACAAAAUAUUUGUUGAAAUUCAAGUAGACAGCCUAAAUGUUAGUUUCUACAAUGGAUUGAGCUCCAAAAAAACUGAUAAUGCACCCAUAAUGCAACUGAUGCUUAAAUUAGACCCCAUACUUCCUUAAUGCCAACUUGUAAAGCUAGCUUCCUGUUAAAAGUAUUAAAUCUGAAGUCAUGGCUUUAGGUAAACAUUAGAUAUCUGAGGAUUUAAUUUAUUAUACAACUGCUUUCACACGCUGAGUACUUAACAUUCUGAGGGAGGCUGAAAAGCAUCUUACUUAACCAUAAUAAAGGAGCAGACAACGUUAAUACAAGCCACCUUUUUCAUACAUGACUUCCUUUCAUGAGGCAUUAUAAUCCUCAAAAAAUGUUGACUUGUUUUAUCUAAGUCAAUCUGUGAGUACAAGAACCUGUAAGACUUAAUUUUAGGAUGCUCUUUGGAGAAAUUACCCCAUUUAGUUAGACCAAACACUCUGUAUCUCUGAACACUGUGACAUUAAGAACAACUAUUUAAGCCUCCGUUCACUUUCUACACCCUGGAAAAAGUUGCUGCGUUAGCUGUGCUUCCUUGUAAACCUUUCGAGGAACUGCAAACGAAAACAACACAAAAGGCUACCGCAAUAGAUUAUUUCAAGAUCAUCCUUCAGUUAAAUCUCUCUGUAUGUUUGUCCGACUGUAUUGAUGUAAAUCUUACAUGGUGGUUUAAUCAUGUUGGGAAUGAAUAACAUAGAAGAGACUGAUGAUACUGUUUUUGUGGCGUCAGCUGUUAGCUUUAGCCAAAUACUAGCUUAUAGCUAAUUUAUGUAGCUUGUUCAGGAAGCGUUUGGGCCUCUAAGUACAUGAAAUUCAGCUGAAUGGCUCAGAAUCAGCAACUCUGAAGCUACAGCAGUGUUCAGAUGCUCUGUGGCUACAUUGUGACGCUAACAUAACUACACAUGACUGUUAGUGUUGAAAUAAAGAGUAAAACCUU